UCCCUCCAUCCGGCAUCCACUUUCUCAUUUCUUCCCUUCAUUACUGAUUCCCAACAACACCAGAACCUUGCAUCCAUUAUCAUCAACUUCUUUCCUCCUUCCAAUCGUUCCCUUCAGCAAAGCCUUCCGCCAUCAUCGUCAUCAUUAAAGAAGCCGCUCCAUCUAUCUCCGAGAGUCAUUAUUGCCACCGCCAGCAACAGGAGGAGGAGGCUAACGAAAGCUCUAGCACUCGUCCCAUGCGUCAUCUUCCCCGCCGCAUCGCCGGCCACAUCACCGAUCAUUGCCAUUUCCGGAGAAACGCCACACUACUAACUAGUGUCGAUUCCAUUCAUGUCUUCCACUCCCUGUAGAGACUAGUAAGUACGGGGGAUUGAAUGACAAUUUAAGCAAGGAUGUGAAGGUCCCACUGACGGGAAUCUAGGUCUAGGCACGCACACGUGGUCGUAGAGGAGGAGCUAGGGAGCAUCCAGUCGAGGAGCAUCCAGUGAGAGAGCAGGCUACCAGAGGAGGACCACGUGAGCACUUCUGAAGAUGUCUGACCACGGAUCGGAGUAAGCAGCAUUUGUAAUCUUUAGUUAUUUGCUUUAUGAUUAUGAGUAAUGACUGGAGAUUUAAAAGGAUAAGACUUUAUGGAUUGAGGUUUGCCCAAAUGUUAGGGCUUUGCUUUUAAAUUAUAAGGUGUAUUUUCAGCAUUGGCAUUUCGAGCACAUUAUUGUUUCUUUCUUUCAAAAAUCUUAAAUAUGCUCCGGAGC